AUGCUGCACACGCAAAAAGCUGCAGAAAACAAGUCCAACAAUUCCAGUGGCCUCUUCUCUCAUAUUCUUGUCUCUUCCAAGGCUGGGCCAACCAAGAUGGUUCACAAUCAUAGCUUGACCGAACUCAUCACUGGGCCGAUUCGGAAGGCUACCUCUCGAACCUCAACCCCAGUUCAAUCCCCAGUCGCAGGCCACUCAACGACGAGUUCGCAAACCUCGCCCAGGCGCAAGUCACAAGGUCAUCGCUCCAGUGAUGAUGAUUCCCACCGCAGUGACAGCUUGGAGAGGAAGGCACGGAAGGAGGCCGACAAGCUCGAGCGCCGCUUGCAGGAACAGGAACUCAUCGACGCAAGGCGCCGGAGCGAGGACAUGAAGGCUCGCGAGCAUCUGGAUGAAGCCACUCGUGCUCGCUUCGGCGAAGAUGUCGUCUUCAGGGAACUGACACCCAUCGCCCAACUCGUGACGCUGCCUGUCGGAUCCGAGGUAACAUUCCGCGCUCGGAUACAUCACCAGCGCGACAUCUCCAAGGCCCUUGACUUCCUCCUGCUCCGGGACCAGACUCACUCCAUUCAGGGAGUCCUUCAAGGCCCUCCCGAGAUGGUCAAGUGGGUGCAGCGGCUGCAUCCCGAGAGCAUCGUACAGAUCACCGGACAUCUACAAUGUCCCAAGGAGCCAGUCAGAUCAGCCACCCACCCGGACCUCGAGGUCCUCAUCGACACGAUCCACCUGGUUGCGCCAGCCAAGAACCUCCCCUUUAGCAACUAUCAACCACCCGAGUCGCUGCACCCCCGACUGACCAACCGCGUCCUUGACCUGCGCCACCCGGCAAACCAAGCUCUGUUCCGCGUUCGCGCAGCUGUCACGCGCACUUUCCGCUGGACGCUCGACCAGCAAGGUUUUGUCGAGAUACAGACGCCCAAGAUCAUGGCGGGAGCUACCGAGAGUGGCGCCGAGGUAUUCAAGGUUAAUUAUUUUGGUCGCAGUGCCUACCUUGCACAGAGUCCGCAACUCUCCAAGCAGAUGGCUAUCUCGGCCGACUUCAAGCGUGUGUACGAGGUCGGGCCUGUCUUCCGUGCCGAGAAUUCCAACACUCACCGGCACCUGACAGAAUAUACCGGAUUAGACAUUGAGAUAUGCAUAGACAAAAGCCACCAUGAGAUCAUUCGCGUGGUUGACCGUGUACUCAAAAACAUCUUCGCCGCCGUCCACCGGAUGGAAGAGCUCAAGGCCAUCAGAGAGCGUUGGCCAAGUGAAGACCUUGUCUGGUUGGAAGAAACUCCCAUCCUCACAUUUCCCGAAGCGCUGCAGAUGCUGAGGGAGGAUGGGAACCAGGACAUUGAAGAAAAUGACCUCUCGACAAGGGACGAGAGCAGAUUGGGUGAACUUGUCAAGGAAAAGUACAAAACCGAUUACUUCAUCUUGGACAAGUUUCCCGCCGUCGCCCGGCCCUUUUACACCCACAAGGAUGACCACGAUCCAAAAUGGACCAACUCGUUUGAUAUCUUUGUUCGCGGCCAAGAAAUUUGCACAGGUGGACAGCGAAUCCACAAGUACGAGGAGCUGCGGCAGAGCAUGACUGACUCUGGAAUCACUGGGGACGGUAUGGAGGAAUAUCUUGCCGCCUUCGAGUCUGGAGCUCCCCCACACGGAGGCGCUGGCCUUGGUCUCGAGCGCAUCAUAACUUUUAUGCUGAAGCUGGGCGAUGUGCGAAAUGCCGCGCCGUUUCACCGCGAUCCCAAAAGUUUGCCCUACCGCCCGCCGGGGCUCCCUCAUCCGGAGGCUAGCACCAGAAGGCGCAAGUCGGCACAGGUGUUCUCACAACCAGACACCAAGGAGGGUUUGCAUGGCACCGCGACCACUAAUGAAACCAACCCCGGCACGGAAUGUUCGGAGACGAGCCCCAAGGCUAGCGCCGAGACCGAAUAUCCGCCGUUGGAGAAGCUUAUCGCAAACUAUGGCGACGCUACCAACACGUCAUGGCUCGACGAUAGGUUCCAGAUCUGGAGGCACUCGCUGACCGGCGCAGCAGUUGGCUACGUCCGACAGAGCAAGGACCUCGUCAUUAUGACGGGCAACCCACUGUGCGAUCCGUCACAAUAUGCAGAGAUCAUCGGCGCUUAUCUAGACUUCGUGAAGAACACCCUGAAAUGCAAACCGAUCUGGCUGCUCGUAUCUGAAGAAGUCCAACGCAUCCUAGCCAAUGAGCCGCACAACUGGCGUACGAUGACCUGCAGCGAGGAGCAACGCAUCCCCGCAGAUGAUCAGGCUCGCCGUGGACUAAGCCGGCCUGGAGCGCAAAGGAGCGCACGCAGGGUGCAAAGGGAGGGUAUUCGGCUCCACGAGGUGCGACCUGAAAAGGAUGAAAACUUCAAGCAGCGUGCAAACAAAGCCAUCGAGGAGUGGCAUCGGGCGCGCGAAGGCAAGAAGCAAGUCCACCUCACAGAGAUUCGACCUUGGGUGGACGCGGACCAUCGGCGCUAUUUCGCGGCGGAGCGUGAUGGCCGGGUGCUGGGCCUCGUUGUGCUGCAUCGCCUAGCGCCCCGGUAUGGGUGGCAGGUCAAGUGGGCGCUCGACAUGCCAUCUGCACCCAACGGUACGAUCGAGGCGCUGGUGGACCUUGCGCUCAUGUCAAUUUCGGGCAGUCCUGCUACCUUUGGGGUGGACGCCUCGGAAAAGCUGGUCCCCGUCGCACAUAUCGGCGGGGCUAAGACAAAGAUUCUGACCAGGGCGUACGAUGCGUUCGUGAAGGGAGCCGGCCUGGCACGGAAGAAGGAGUUCAGGGAAAAAUUCGGCGUUGUUGGAGAGGCGGUCUUUAUCUGUUAUCCCAAGGGCGCCAUGGGGAUGGGUGAGAUUCGAGAGGUUCUCAGGGUCAACCUGACGACUCAGAAGCGCCUUGCCGCGUCCGUUCUGGACUGUGGCAAGAACAAGAUCUGGCUGGACCCCAACGAGGUGUCCGAGAUCAGCAACGCCAACUCCCGCCAGACCAUCCGCAAGCUUGUCCAGGAUGGCCUCAUCAUCAAGAAGCCAGUCACCAUGCACUCAAGAGCACGCGCUCGGGAGCUUAACCUCGCCCGACGGAUCGGCCGGCACCGUGGUUUCGGAAAGCGCAAGGGUACCGCAGAUGCCCGUAUGCCGACUCAAGUCGUCUGGAUGCGCCGCCAGCGGGUUCUCCGUCGGUUGCUCGUCAAGUACCGCGCUAGCGGCAAGAUCGACAAGCACCUUUACCACGAGCUUUACCACUCCGCCAAGGGUAACACCUUCAAGCACAAGCGUGCGCUUGUUGAGCACAUCCACCGUGCCAAGGCUGAGAAGCAGCGCGAGAGGCUGCUCAAGGACGAGAUGGACGCCAAGCGUGCGAAGACCAAGGCUGCCCGCGAGAGGAAGUUGGAGAGGCAGGCGGCCAAGAGGAACGCCCUUGCCGGCGAGGCCGAGGAGUGA